GAGCAGAUGCCAUCUCCUGCCUUCGGCCAAUCGCCCGCCUCCUGCUUUCGCGGUUCCGCCAAUCGCCCAAGGUGCCGUCCGCUGCUCCCUUCGCCAAUUGCUCGCCUGGAACGUCGUCAGCUGACCGCUGCUGCCUUUCGCGUCUGCGGUUCCGCCAUCGGCUAUAACCCAGGCCCAAUUUUGAUUCUCGUCCCGGGGCCCCGAAUUUCUGGAGACGGCCUUGACACGGGCAGCGGCGCGUGGGCGCCCCGGCCGUUGUACUGGCCGCUGCCGUUCCGCGGCCGCGCCGAGUUAGUCCCAGAGCACGGCCUUUGGUUCGGCUUCUCGUCCCACAACAACAAGCUGACCUCGCCGCCGCUUCCGAGACGAGGCCGCCCGUGCUGAGGGGCGAGUGGGAGGACGUCGCGCAGGGCGAGGGGUGGAACCCGGUGGCGUCCUACCUCGUGCCGCUGGGCUCCUGCAGGUUCUUGGUCGCCAAGUUCUUCGAGACGAGAGAGUGGCAGCAGUUCAAAGACGGCGGCGGGGAUUACGGAAAAUGCGACAACUUUGCGGUGUUUGCCGGCGUGGAGCUGCUGCCCAUGCCCAAGGCCGGCGGAGGGCUGAGCAUGAUCAAGCACCGGUCCAAACGUUACUCCCACGUCUGCGCCGCGCCGGAUUGGGUCAUUUGAUGAUGGCGCGCGGAUCAGUUUGUCUUGGAAUGAAAUAAAGAGGGACCUCCCCUAAACAACAA